CCACAUCAGAUCAAGUAAGAGAGACUGCAGUAUGAUGACUUUUGCAAGGAGUGCUACAUUGCUCAGCUCGCUGCUGUUAAUGCUGAUCCUGGGGCUGUCAGCGAAGAAUUCAGCCCUUGGAAAGGCAAUAAGACCUGGGUUCAAUGGAGAGAGAGGCGCAGAGGAGAAAAAGAGCGAUGACUGCCCACCCCAAAAGGACUCCAGAUUCCCUCUCAGUGUGAAAGUCGACAUAAGCAUCAGUAGCACACAGCAUGCUACCAAAGUGGCUCAUGAUAUCAGUAACCGGUCUGUGUCUCCCUGGGAUUACAGCAUUGACAACGAUCCGAACCGGUUCCCGCAAGUGAUCUCUCAGGCCAAGUGCCGCCAUUACAGCUGUGUGGACUCCGCCGGGCAGGAGGACUACAGCAUGAACUCCAUCCCCAUCCAGCACGAGAUCCUUGUUCUCCGACGGGAGCAGAGAGCCUGUCAGCCCACCUACCGGCUGGAGAAACAAGUCAUCACUGUGGGCUGUACCUGUGCGAGGCCCAUCAUCCACUAUCUGCAGUAAGAGAAGGCAGCCAGUCAGAAGAAGGAGACCUCAUGAAGAAUCAGCCAUGCUAAUGGUCUCCAUGGACCUUAAAUUUAACAAAGGGCCUGAUCCAACUUCCACUGAAAAGAGUCUUUCCACUCAUUUCACUGGAAUUGGGUCAGACCAUGAUAAAGAGCCAAAUUCAUAGAGAGCUGACCAAAAAAAAGGGGGGGAUGGGACACAAUUACUUUUUUAAAUUUUUCCCCCAAAUCUCAAAUUUCAAAAUUCAACCAGAUCCAUGGGAGGGCGGAUAAAAGGGUAAAAAUUUACAUCAUUUGAUAUCAAUUUCUCCCCAUUUUUUUAAUUUCAAGCUUCAAACCAUUUUGACCAGCUCCAGCAUGAAUCAAAGCCUUGGGAAAAAAUCAACCUGAAUCUGACUCUAAAAUCCAGAGUCUUUUUUAAGUGCUAAUCCAAGUAAAUUAUUAUAGCUGCAACAAAUCACAAUUUUUUUAAAACAAAUGUAGUUUCCUUGCUUGCUUUUCAAAUGAAUAUUGAACAUAAAACCACAUUUCAGAGACAAUUGUGCUACCUACAUAAUACCCCAGGAAAAGAGUGGUGAAAUG